AUGCACGGGGGAAAGAGAGGACUGGUGGCACCUCAGAACACUUUUUUGGAAAAUAUUGUCCGGAGAUCAAGUGAAACCAGUUUCCUCCUGGGGAAUGCCCAGAUCGUGGAAUGGCCUGUAGUGUACAGUAAUGACGGAUUCUGCAAGCUGUCUGGCUACCACAGGGCAGAAGUCAUGCAGAAGAGCAGCACCUGCAGUUUUAUGUACGGCGAGCUGACAGACAAGAAGACAAUAGACAAAGUCAGGCAGGCCUUUGACAACUAUGAGUCCAACUCUUUUGAAAUCCUGCUCUACAAGAAGAACCGAACGCCGGUGUGGCUGUACAUGCAGGUGGCCCCCAUCAGGAAUGAGAAUGACAAGGUGGUUCUGUUCCUCUGCACCUUCAAAGACAUCACCGUCUUCAAGCAGCCCAUAGAGGACGAGACCACCAGAGGAUGGACCAAGUUCGCCCGCUUGACUCGGGCGCUGACCAACAGCCGCAGCACCCUGCAACAGCUGGCUCCUGUGAACAAGACUGAGGUCACCCACAAACACUCACGACUGGCAGAGGCUCUUCAACUGGGCUCUGAGAUCCUGCCCCAGUACAAGCAGGAGGCCCCUAAGACGCCCCCGCACAUCAUCCUCCACUACUGCACCUUCAAGACCACGUGGGACUGGAUCAUCCUCAUCCUCACCUUCUACACGGCCAUCAUGGUGCCCUACAACGUCUCCUUCAAGACCAAGCAGAACAACCUGGCCUGGCUGGUGGUGGACAGCGUGGUGGACGUUAUCUUCCUGGUGGACAUCGUGCUCAACUUCCACACCACGUUCGUGGGGCCCGGCGGCGAGGUCAUCUCCGACCCCAAGCUCAUCCGCAUGAACUACCUGAAGACCUGGUUCGUCAUCGACCUGCUCUCCUGUCUGCCGUACGACAUCAUCAACGCCUUCGAGAACGUGGACGAGGAUCCCAUCACGGACUCCACCGGUGUUGGACACAUGCCAGCGACUGCCCAUUCAGCCAGGAACGCCACCCGGGCAGAGGACUCGGUCCUCCCGGGUCUCAGUAGCCUCUUCAGCUCGCUGAAGGUGGUGCGUCUACUCCGACUGGGCCGCGUCGCCCGCAAGCUCGACCACUACCUGGAGUACGGGGCGGCCGUGCUGGUCCUGCUGGUGUGCGUCUUCGGCCUCGUCGCCCACUGGCUGGCCUGCAUCUGGUACAGCAUCGGCGACUACGAGGUCAUCGACGAGGCCACCAACACCAUCAAGACGGACAGCUGGCUCUACCAGCUGGCCACGAGCAUCGGGACGCCGUACCGCUACAACGCCAGUGGCUCGGGCCAAUGGGAAGGCGGACCCAGCAAGGACACGCUGUACAUCUCCUCGCUUUACUUCACCAUGACCAGCCUCACCACCAUUGGCUUCGGGAACAUAGCGCCCACCACAGACGGCGAGAAGAUCUUCUCAGUCGCCAUGAUGAUGGUGGGCUCCCUUCUCUAUGCCACCAUCUUCGGUAACGUGACCACCAUCUUUCAGCAGAUGUACACCAACACCAACCGCUACCACGAGAUGCUGAACAACGUGCGCGACUUCCUCAAGCUCUACCAGGUGCCCAAGGGGCUGAGCGAGCGCGUCAUGGACUACAUCGUGUCCACCUGGGCCAUGUCCAAAGGCAUCGACACAGAGAGGGUGCUGUCCAUAUGUCCCAAAGACAUGCGUGCGGACAUCUGCGUCCACCUCAACCGGCAGGUGUUCAACGAGCACCCGGCCUUCCGUCUGGCCAGCGACGGCUGCCUGCGCUCGCUGGCCGUGGAGUUCCAGACCACGCACUGCGCUCCCGGCGACCUCAUCUUCCACGCCGGCGAGAGCGUGGACACCCUCUGCUUCGUAGUGUCCGGCUCGCUGGAGGUCAUCCAGGACGACGAGGUCAUCGCCAUCCUCGGAAAAGGUGACGUGUUCGGGGACGUGUUCUGGAAGGAGAGCAACCUGGCGCACUCGUGCGCUAACGUGCGGGCGCUGACGUACUGCGACCUGCACGUCAUCAGGAGGGAGGCCCUGCUCAAGGUGCUGGAGUUCUACACGGCAUUCGCCAACACCUUCUCGCGGAACCUCAUUCUCACCUGCAACCUUCGGAAACGGAUCAUCUUCCGUAAGAUCGCCGACGUGAAGAAGGAGGAGGAGGACCGGCGUCAACACAAGAACGAGGUGACCCUGUCCAUCCCCGUGGACCACCCGGUGCGCAAGCUCUUCCAGAAGUUCAAGCAGCAGAAGGAGCUGCAGACCCGCGGGCCCGGCUCGCUGGACCUGGAGCGCAACCAGUUCCAGGUGGAGCACCAGCUCCAGCCGCUCUCCCACCACUUCCACUCGCGCCACCACCAGCAGCAGCACCAGCAGCAGGAGCCGCAGCAGCAGCUGCAGCAGUAUCAGAUCCAGCACCACCCUCUCCAGCACCACCACAGCCCCCUGCUGCAGAACGGGGCUCCGGGGAUCGGAGGCGGAGGAGGCGGCGGCGGCGGGGGGAACGGAGGCUCGAGCGUGGUGACGGUGUCGCAGAUCACGCCGCUGCAGAACUACGUGACGGAGUCGGAGACGGAGGAGUCGGGGGGCCUGGGCGGCGCGGGCAUGGGCGGCCACGAGGCCCUGGAACUCAAACCCAGCCUGGGCCUGCUGGCCGACAAGAACUGCCUGAAGGUCACCAGCCCCGUGCGGCCCAGGGUCGGAGGUCGCGGGUGGAUGCGGUUUAAGAGCGCCGUGGGCGCGGACGAGCCGGGAGCUGCCGAGGGCGCGUCGUCGUCGGUGCCAUCACAGCUGCUGCACCCGCCGACGCCCACACUUCAACGGAAGGAGGAGGAGUGGGGGGAGGCGACCCAGUCUCUGGAGCUGCUCUCCGAGGACAGCAAGAGCCAGGAGGCCGAGGGUGGAGGGGCAGGUGGUGGCGGUGGUGAGGGUGGAGGUGACGGAGGCAACGGCAACGGGAGCGGCGGCAGCAGCAGCGGCGGAGGGGGCAGCGAGGGCGAGGAGAAGAGCGCCCUGCACAAGACGGACUCGUGCGACAGCGGCAUCACCAAGAGCGACCUGCGGAUCGACCGCGCCGGCGACGCGCGCAGCCCGUACGAGCGCAGCCCCAUGGAGCAGCGCAGCCCCUGCCCCUACGACCAGCCCAGCCCGGGCUCCGGGGGCCCCGCCAGCCUACUCGCGGCCGUGGUGCGGGCCGGGGGCCACCACCAGCAGCAGCCCCCCCUCCUCCACCACCACCUCCACCCCUUCCCGUCCGGCACGGAGCAGGCCCUGCUCCAGACCUCGCUGCUGGAGGCCAAGUGCGAGCUGAAGGGGGACAUCCAGACGCUGAGCGGACGCAUGGCCGCCCUGGAGGCCCAGGUCGGGGAGAUCCUGCGGCUGCUGUCCUCGUCGGAUGGUGGCGGCGGCGGCGGCGGCGGCAGGCGGAGGCCCUCGCUGCCCUCGCAGACGUCCACGCCCAAGUCCAAAACCAAAUGCCAGGACAUCUUCACCGUCUCGCGGCCCGUCACGCCGUCGGAAAGCGAGAGGGACGACGGCCCGUUCUGA